AUGUCGUUUGAAACUCCACGCACUGUCAGAGAAGCUAAAAUGCUUCGCGGAAACGCCAAGAGAAAAAUAACCAAUCUCGUUAAAGAUGGACUCUCGCUUUUACAGUCGGACGAAGGGAUUCCCUGUGAUGAAUAUAAACUCUUAGCCGAUAUGAUCCGAGAACAUUUAGACACAUUACAAGUAACAAUUGAUCAUGUAAUUAAAUUCAAAUGUGAAGAACUAAAGGUUGCUGAAUAUAAAUCCGAAGAAGACUUAGAUAACGCCGAACAAGAGAUAGCCAUGGUUGAACAGGCACAUUUCUGUGAAGCUCAAGACAACGCAAUGCCAAUAGUUCGUGAUUUAAUACGUCGUGCUAAACGACUACUAGACGCUGAAUCACCUACUAUUCAACCCCAGAUCAACCGAUCCAACCAACCCGUAUCGUCACAUGCUCGACUAGCCAAACUUAAGUUUGCUACCUUUUCUGGAGAUUUGCGAGACUACAAAUUAUUUAAGAAACAAUUUCUUCACUACUCACAGCAUUUAGAUAAAAUUGAAUGUUUUUACCAAUUAGUGGAAUCAAUAGAGAAAGUAAGAGAAAAGAAUAAAAUAAAAUCUUGUAUUAGUACGACUAGAGCAUGGGAAAUUUUAGAUGAAUUUUAUGGGGAUGAUGAUCAAAUCGUAGAAACUUUACUUGGAGAUUUAGAGAGAAUGACUUCACAUGAUACGAAAGGACAUAUUAAUAUAUCUGCAAUGGAAAAGUUCGUUGAAGCUCUUUGA